AUGUUCAAUGCAUGUAGGGUUCAUCAACAAUCAGAUGCAAAACAAAUAAACAAGCAGAGAAAAGGAACCUCAACAGCGGAACCCUCAUUGACAAUACCACUGGACAUGGAUACAAGCAGAAUGACACCUUCGACAAAUAACAAAGUAGUGGUAAGUGUGCAAGGACAACUAAGAGAGAUCCUUCAAAAUCAAAGGGAAAUUCUUGCCCACAUUGUGGUCAUGAAAAGGGAACUACGAGGACUUGCACAGGAAUUUGAAAGAAAAAGAGAUGAAGCACAAACACCAGUCAGUGUUCCCAACAGAAUCAGGACUGCUGUUAAAGAAUACUUUGCAAAUGGGGAGGACAUGGAUUUAAAAUGGGAUUACCAGAAGAGAUUCUAUGACGAGGAAAAUUGCGAAAUGACAGAUUACAUAAAGAAAAGCGUAAAGGGGGUUGCUGAAGUAGCAAAUGAAGUUUUAGAAGCUGCUGUAAAGAGAUACUUCACGUCAAAAAAGGAGGCUGCCAACAGAAAAUCCAAAAACAAGGACACCUUGCACAAGCAGAGACAAGCCACAUAUGAGAGAAAGAAAGAGAAAGUACGACGUCGACUUCAGGCUGUGGAAAAGAAGAACUGGGGUAUGGAGAAGAAGAAAAUGGUGACUCAGUUGUUGAAAUCGAAGUCAGCACACAAUCUGAUGUCAAGUGAUGAGGAGGCUGAUGAAGGGUUUAUUUCCCACCCCUAUUCAUGGGAGAGUGAUGCAUGGAGGACAAUCAAAGACAGUUUGGACAAAAAAUAUCUGGAGAUAUGUCCAUCCAGAAGCAGGAGGCUUCUCCAGAAAAGAACAAGGGGUUCUCUUAAGGAACAAGAAAAGCCAGACAUUGAGGAGCAGUUCAAGUUGAUAUUUAUUUAA